AUGGCAGUAAAUACAGAAUCGUGCAGCCAGGUGAUUGUCGCCCCUCCCUCCUACCCCGCCGUCGCCAUUCCCUCCCAUCCCGCCGCCACCUCUCACCCCGUCGUCGCCUCUCACUCCCAUCCCGUUGUCGCCUCUCCCUCGCUCCCUGCCAUCGCCACUAUCUCCCACCCCGCCGUCGCCACUCCCGCUUAUCCCGCCGCCACUCCCUCUUGUCCCGCCGCCACUCCCUCUUACCCCGCCGCCGCCUCUUCUCCAAUUCCGCCUCCAACACUCCCUCCUAUCCCGCCGUCGCCUCUCCCUCCUCCCCGCCGUCGCCUCUCCCUCCUCCCCGCCGUCGCCUCUCCGUCCUCCCUGCCGUCGCCUCUCUCUCCUCCCCGCCGUCGCCUCUCCCUCCUCCCCGCCGUCGCCUCUCCCUCCUCCCCGCCGUCGCCUCUCCCUCCUCCCCGCCGUCGCCUCUCCCUCCUCCCCGCCGUCGCCUCUCCCUCCUCCCCGCCGUCGCCUCUCCCUCCUCCCCGCCGUCGCCUCUCCCUCCUCCCCGCCGUCGCCUCUGGCGACAGGUGCACGAGAGCAAGCGCAAGUUGGUGCGCGAGGGCGGGUCGGUGCGCGAGCUCGGGUGGGUGCGCGAGCGCUGUUUGGUGCGCGAGCGCGGGUUGGUGCGCCAGCGAGGGUUGUUUUCUGAGGCAUUCUGAUUAUCAGGUGCGUUCUCGGUCCUUCAAUCCUCCCGCGCCCUUCUGA